UUGUACACGCUUUUUCUAAUCAAGUGCAAAGAGUGCAACAGGAAAACCCAAGAAAGUACAGACCGUGUACAAGAUGGCAGGAGACCAGCCGUCAAAAGGAAAGCCAGUCCUGAACCUCAGACACCCACAAAAAGAGCAAGGGUCUCUGAGGUGGCUGAACCUUCCACAAGUUUUCAGAAGGAGCCCAAGAAAGUGCAAAAUGAAAAGAGGAAAGUCACAGAAGAUGGAGAGGGCCCUUCAAAUCCAGCCAAGAAAAGAAAAAUUUUUGAUCAUCUAUUACACCAGGAGAUGUUUUCUUCAGUGGACAGUGGAACCAAGAGCACAAACUCGCCUGUUUGUAGUACAUCUGAAGGUGAUACGAGGGUUAAUUUAAAAAGGAAAGCCGUAGACCCUGAAGAAACACAGAGGCGGAAGAGAGCAAAGACCAUAGAGAACAAAAAACAUGAUGAAAAAGCUGCAUUUGAGGCAAAAUAUGUGGAGGAAAGUCCACUUGGUGAAGGAGGUUGUGGAUCUGUUUUUGCAGGUCAUCGGAAAGCAGACAACAUGCCAGUAGCCAUCAAACACAUUCCAAAGGACAAAGUGUACUGCAAACAUAAAGACACGGAUGGAAGGCUACUUUCGGUGGAAGUGGCAGUUAUGCAGAAGCUUGGAAUGACAGAUCCUGGUUCAGUGGGGAGUUCAGCCCCAGUGUCCCUGCUGGACUGGUAUGAUUUCCAGCAGGAGCUGAUUCUUGUGCUUGAGAGGCCAAUGCCCGCUGAAGACCUCUCAAACUACAUAGUAAAAAAUGGUUCCCUCGAGGAAGAGGAGGCAAAAGUUAUCCUUAAACAACUGGUUGAUGCAGCAAUACACCUUAAAGAGAAAAGCAUCUUCCACAGAGACAUCAAAGUAGAAAAUAUCCUGAUCGAGACCAGCACAGACGUCCCACGAGUUCGACUCAUAGACUUUGGAUUGAGCUGCUUUGUCAAGACAAAAUCCAGAUAUAGAGUCUUUUAUGGUACCAGCGCUCACGUCCCUCCUGAAUGGCUGAACUCUCAUUCAUACACUGCUGGACCUACAACAGUGUGGCAGAUGGGAGUGGUCCUCUUUGAAACCCUCCACAACAAAGAAUUUAAAUCCACCAGAUUUGUUAGUAAGAGGCUCAGGAUAAGCAAUAGGCUGUCUCAAGACUGCCAGGACUUCUUGGAGCAGUGUUUAACUCACCAUCCUGAGCAGCGUCCCACACUGGAGCAGCUUCAACAUCACCCGUGGUUCACCCGAAACAGACGCGACAUUUGA